AUGAGAACAAAUCAAGGUUCAAGCAAUGAUCUUCUAAAUAGAUAUUUUCAAGGUAGAAGAGAUAUUGAUCAAUUAAUAAAUACUUCUCCUAAUGGAUUGAGAGAUCUUACUGUUUAAAAUAAUACAGGUUAUGUAUCAAGAGAAAAAUAUAACAAACUUAAAGAUCUCAAUUCUAAAUUAAAAGUAGUGUUUUUUAUUGAAGAUAGGCUACUUUAAGAGAGUAUAUUUAAGAUACAAAAGAUAAAGAAAGAUAAUUAUAAAUGAAAGAAGAACUACUAAUUAAGAAUGAAAAAGAAAGAAUGGAUUAUUCAAAUAAAGGCAAUGUAGAACUUAAAACAUAAAUUAAUGAAUUAAAAAUUAAAUUGUAAAAGAAAAAGACUAAAAUCAGGUUACUCAAAGAUUCUUCUAAAACAAUUGAUUCUAGAUUAGAUGAAUAAAAAGCAUCUUUUUAAAUUGAAGUAGACAGAGUCCAAAGAAUGUAUGAUUCUUUACAAAAUGAAAUGUAACAAUUCUAAUCAUAAAUUAGAAAAGAAUAUUAAAGAAGACAUAUAAUAUUAAAAGAUGAAAAUACAAUUUUAAAAUAGGUAUUACAAUAAAAAGAAGAUUAAUGCAAAUAUUUUGAAAUGGCAGCUCAAGAUGAUAGGUAAAAUAUGCAAUUAUUGGAAUCUAAGAUUAAAGAAUUAUAAGAAGAAAAGAAAAUUUUAUAAAUAGGAAUCGAUAAUUAAAUUACUAAAAUUGAUGAAGCUGAAAAUUUUAUUAAAUUAAAUGAUUAACGUCAUCAACAAGAAAUUAAUAAAAUUGAGUUAGAAAAAUAAUAGUUAUAGAAUGAAUAUCUUUCAUAAAUUAAUAUAAAAAAAGAAAAGAGUAAAUCAUCAUUACUUUAUAUCCAAUAAUUAGAAUAGUAACUAACACAAUUUUAAAAAGAAGAAUUAUCUUUUAAUAAAAUUAUCUAAGAAUAAAAGCAAGAUUACUUAAGGUUAUAGUAACAACUAGAAGAUUAAAAAGAUAAGACUGAUUAAUCUUUGAAAGAAGUCAAAGAAUUAAAAUAAAAAUUAGAAUCUUAAAAAUCUUUAGUUUAAACUUAUGAGGAUAAAUUAGCUUAAUAUGAUAUUUAAUAUUAACGAGAUUAAAAUGAAAAAUAAUACAUAUUAUUUGAUAUUGAUUAAUUUCAUUCAGAAAAUAAAAAAUUAUAGCAUCUAUUAUAUGAAUCUGAUAAAGAUAUAACUUACUUAAAAUAAUAACACGAAGAUGUAAUCAAUUCAAUUAUCCUCUUAGGAUUUACUUUAAAUUGAAAAAAAAAUUUAAUCUUUUAUUCAUUAAUUAAAUGAAUCAAAAGAAGAAAUAUAAGAAUAGAAAAAAAUUAUAUAAGAAUUAAAAAAACAAGUAAUCUAAAGUGAUGAAUAAGCAAAUGCAUAUAAAAAUAAAUAUUUUAAAGUUAAAUAAACCCAAAAAACAUUAUAAUCAGAAUAAAAAUAUGUAAUUUUUAUUUUUAUCAUAUUUUAGUUAGAAGAGAAAGUUAAAUUGAUGGAAAGUGAAAGAAUUUUUGAAGAAAAGGAAGCAUUAAAAACUAAAGAUCACGUUAUUUAGUAGAAAUAAGUUUAGUAAAGUAAAAUUAGAGUACUAGAUGAAAUUUAAAAUAUGAUCAAGCAACAUAAAAAUAUUACAAGCUGA